AUGAGGUCUUUGGCCUCAUCUAAAGAUGCUUCAGCUACCAGCUGUGAGAAGCACCGCCCACCAGGAAGGCCUCCCCGCCUGGUUCCUGGACCCUUACACCAUGGCAGCGGCCAUCUUCCCUCCCAGUGCAGAGUGAUAUCCCGGAGAAUGAUCAAAACUGGGGCCAUCCACUCCCUUCUGAAGCACUUCUGCCCAGUGGCCUGUGGCUGCGCCCCCAGUCACAACAGGACACCCCUUCAGAACACGCUGCAGGAAGCUGACAUCUCUACACAGGCUCACACAUGCACGGAGGAAUCUGUACUCCAUGAGGGGAAGUCCUCGAAGAAGGCGGGGAGAUACCAGGAGCAGGGUCCAGAGAGGGAAAAGGAUGGAGAAGGGAGACAAAGAGGAGGAGGCGGGGCAAGAAGGGAGCAUGUGAGAAAUGGGAAGGGGGAGGACCUUUCCAGCUGUCAGGACGCCAUUCACAGCAAAGCACACAUCCUGCACACUGGCCUGGACUCCUUUGGUGAACAUCCACCUCCAGGCCAACAAACGGGUCCGGCGGCGCCCGCCGGGGGCAGGUCAGGGAAGGACGCGAGGCGGCGCUGUCACUGCAUUCUGGAGAGCCGCAGCGACUCCGCUCCCUUUUGUGGGUUUUCCCUGCGGGCGGUAGAGCCUGUUUCCAUCAGAACCGCCCAGAGGCGGGCCUCUGCCUUCCAGGGGUGGUGGAGCAGCAGGAAGCGUUUUCGGAUCCUGGAAUCCGUGGGCGGCCCGUGGAGGACUGAGGCGCAUUUCCCUACUCAUCCGGAUCCGAAUCCGCCGCAGUGCUGUUUCAAGCGAGUCAGAUUCCAGAUCGCGCUCCAGCCCGGACUCGAAUUCCUGCUCUGCGGGUCUGCAUUUCACAGCGGCAGGAACAAGCCAGUGAGAGCCGGGUCUGGAUGGGGCGGCCGGCGAAUGGGGCUUGGUCUCCAGCCCACUGGAAGUUUCCGAGCGGCCCCGCCCUCUCCGCUCCUGAUUGGUCCUAAGUUCCGGGCCCCAGUUUCAUUGGAUGAGCGUCGGCCGCCAGGAAGCUUGGGACAGCAGAGCUGUGUGUUAAACAUCGAUGUGAAAUUACUUCCAGGAAGAAGCUCUAUUCAGAUUUCCUCUUCCCCAGAGCUCCACAGUCUUAAGUAUAACGCCGUGCUGUCCCGGGAUGGAUCUGUGCAGUCAGGGUUUCUCGCUGAGGGACAUCUGAUGAGUCAGCCCUUCCUGCUCUAUGAUGGGCAGAAACGCAGGGGCAAGGCCCCAGGACAGGGCAGAAGAUGUCCUGGGAGCUAAGACUGGGACACAGAGACAGGGGACUUGAUAGAACGGGAAGGACCUCAGGAUGACCUCCUGGCUCAUAUCAAAGGCCAGAAAGGAGGCUUGCAUUCUCUCCAGGAGAUUAAGGUCUGUGAGAUCCAUGAAGACAACAGUACCAGGGGCUUGCGGCAUUUCUAACAUAUACAGCCUUUCCUCUCCCAAACCGAGACUCAGGAAUGGACAGAGCUCCAGUCCUCCAGAGCUCAGACCCUGGCUCUGAACAUCAGGAAUUUCUGGAAGGAAGAUACCAUGAAGACCAAGACACACUAUCGCGCUAUGCGGGCAGACUGCCUGAAGAAACUACAGCGAUAUCUAGAACUGGGGUGGCCACUUCAGAGAACAGCGCCCACGGUGAACGUCACCCGCGAGGCCUCAGAGGGCCACAUCACCGUGACAUGCAGGGCUUCUGGCUUCUAUCUGAAUAUCGCACUGACUCAAGGCCAGGAUGGGGUGUCUUUGAACCACGACGCCCAGCAGUGGGGGGAUGUCCUGCCUGAUCAGAAUGGAACCUACCAGACCUGGGUGGCCACCAGAAUUCGCCAAGGCGAGGAGCAGAGGUUCGCCUCAAGCACAUGGAACACAUGGAAUCACAGCACUACCCCUGUGCCCUCGGGAAAGUGGCUGGUGUUUCAGAGUCAAUGGCUAGAUGAUUUCAUAUGUUCCGUUGCUGCUGCUGUUGCUGCUGCUGCUGCUGCUUGCUGCUGCUAUUUUGUUAUUCUCUAUGUCCUUUGUUGUAAGAAGAAAACAUCAGCUGCAGAGGGUCCAGAGCUCGUGAGCCUGCAGACCCUGGAUCAACACCCGGUUGGGACGGGAGACCACAGGGAUGCCACACAGCUCGGAUUUCAGCCUCUGAUGUCAGCUCCUGGGUCCACUGGCUCCACUGAGGGUGCCUAGACUCUACAGACAGGCGGCCGGGAUUCAACUCCCUGCCUGGAUCUCACCAGCACUUUCCCUCUGUUUCCUGACCUAUGAAACAGAGAAAAUAUCAGCACUUAUUUAUUGUUGUUGGAUGCUGCAAAGUGUUAGUGGAUAUGAGGUGUUUGCAUCUCUGCCAUAUAGAGAGCAGCAAAGAGAUCAUGACCAACUCAACAUUCCUUUGGAGGCUAUAUGAUCAAACAGCAAACCGCUUAUCAUGAAUGCAGGAUGUGGGCAAACUCAGGACUGCUCCUGCCUCCUGCGGACAGAAGGUUUGCUGAGGACAAUCACUCCAUGGUGCUCAUUGAGGUUAUCUACUGGGUCAUCUAGAGCCUAUUGUUCGAGGAAUGCAGUCUUGCAAGCCUACUCCGGACCCAGCAGCUGACUUCUUCCACCCCUCUUCUCGCUAUCAUCUAUACCAAUAAAUACGAAGGGCUAUGGAAGAUCAGAGAGCCCUUGUUCACGAGAAGCAAGGAGCCCCCUGACCCCUUGUUCCAAAUAUACUCUUUUA